AUGAAUCCAGCCGGCAGUGCGCCUGGUGGCUCUAGCCUCUGGCAGGAGGCUCGGAAUGCGGAUGGCCGUGUCUACUACUACAAUGUUCAGACGAAAGCAACACAGUGGGCAAAGCCAGCCGAGCUGUUGACUCCUGUCGAGCGCGCUCUCUCGAGUCAGCCAUGGAAGGAAUAUACUGCAGAAGGCGGAAGGAAAUAUUGGUACAACACUGAAACCAAGCAAAGCACUUGGGAAAUGCCAGAAGUUUACAAAACCGCACUCGCGCAGGUUCCUUCUCCUUCCACGCAGCCAAGUGCCCCCACACCAGUCGCAGGUGGUGCGCCAACAUUCGUCGCUGGCGGAACUACCUCGUUUCCUCCUUACGGCCAGCACCGCGAUCGGGAUGAUGGCGACCGCAGUGGACUUGAUCGUCGCUCAGGCUACAUAGGAAUGGAAACAAAUGGUUUCGUGACGGCUCAACAGACUGACCCAGAAUACAGCUCGUUCGAAGAAGCCGAAAGCGUGUUCAUCAAGCUUUUACGACGAUCCAACGUCCAACCCGACUGGACCUGGGAGCAAGCAAUGCGAGCCACCAUCAGGGAUCCUCAGUACCGUGCUUUAAAAGACCCUAAAGAUCGCAGAGCCGCUUUUGAUAAAUUUGCGGCCGAAGUCCGUAUGCAGGAACGGGAUCGCGCGAAGGAAAGAUUCGCCAAGCUGCGUACAGAUUUCUAUACAAUGUUGAAAAGUCACCCGGAAAUUAAACACUACAGCAGAUGGAAGAGUAUUCGGCCAAUUAUAGAGGGUGAGACUAUUUUCAGAUCCACCAAUGAUGAAAACGAGCGUCGCCAGCUUUUCGAAGAAUAUAUUCUCGAUCUUAAGAAGGCGCAUGUGGAGCAAGAAGCCGUCACUCGCAAAGCAGCUAUGGAUGAACUCGUGAAUAUUCUGAAAGCGCUCGAGCUGGAACCAUAUGCCCGAUGGUCUGAAGUGCAGAAUGCGCUGCAGGCCAACGAAAGAAUACAAAAUGAUGAUAAGUUCAAGACCCUUAGCAAAUCGGAUAUUCUGACCGCUUUCGAAAACCAUAUUAAGUCGCUUGAAAGAACUUUCAAUGAUGCGCGCCAGCAACACAAGGCUGCAAAGGCUCGAAGGGAGCGCCAUAGCCGAGAGAAGUAUUUGGAGCUCCUCAAAGAAUUGCGUUCGCAAGGCAAGAUAAAAGCCGGGGCCAAGUGGAUGCAGAUUCACCCGUUGAUUCAGGAUGAUCCUCGGUAUGUUGCAAUGCUAGGCCAAAGUGGCUCCUCUCCUUUGGAUUUGUUUUGGGAUAUGGUUGAGGAGGAGGAGAGGGCGCUACGAGGACCGCGAAACGAUGUCCUCGACGUUCUUGAUGAUAAACGUUAUGAGAUCACAACUAAAACUACAUAUGAAGAGUUUGCAUCUGUCAUGGCUACUGACCGCCGUACAGCCGACAUUGACACUGACAUUCUGCAACUCAUAUUCCAGCGCGUGCAGGAGAAAGCUCAGCGACGCUCCGAGGAUGAAAAACAUGCAGCUGACCGUCACCAACGACGGGCUGUCGACGCCUUGCGUUCCCGUAUCAAGCAUUUAGAGCCUCCUGUACGACUAGGCGAUACAUGGGAACAAGUUCGACCAAGAGUUGAAAAUUUCGAAGAGUACACUGCCCUCGAAACCGAUGAUUUACGUCUAAGCGCAUUUGAAAAGUUUAUGCGUCGCCUAAAAGAAAAAGAAGACGAUGCCGAGAGGGACCGUGAGCGAGAGCGAGACCGCGGUUCUCGACGUGGUGACCAUCAUGAGCGUUUGGAUAGGGACUCGAGGAAUGGUUCGUAUCGUUCCGAUCGCAGAGUGAGACCUAGUCGCACCCCCGAUCCCGAUCCUUACGAAGCAGAUCGUCGCAAAGCGCAGGCAGACCGUGAACGUUCUUACCGCAAAGUAAGCGGCCUAUCUCCGGUGCGCGAAAGACGGGAUGACCGCGAGCGAACCCGUGACAAAGAGCGCGAAAGAGAUCGUGAUCGCGGCGAUCGACGCGGACUCAGUCACUACGACCGCGAGCGCCGCAACCGAGAAGAAGAGCGCGAACGACUCUAUCGGACCCGUGGCGACCCACGCGGCAGUCGUGAUGAGUUGGACUAUGGUGGAGAUACGCGUAGCACAGUAAGUAGUGACCGUCGUCGUAGACGUGACAGCGAUGCAGAAAGUGUCGCCAGCCGCAGCGCCAAACGAUACAGACGUGACGAACGCGAGAAAGAGCGCUCUCGGGACCGCAGCCACCGCGACAGAGAGCCAGGUCGUACCCCAGCCAUCGAAGAAGAACCCAAGGCAGAGGAGAAAGCAGUGCAUUCCGGCAGCGAAGAAGGCGAAAUCGAGGAGGAUUGA